AUGGAACAUUAUGGUGUUGUUAACAAUAUGAAAUCGUUACCUGAAACUUUGAACAAGAAAAGAAAUAAAUCAACUUUUAUAUUAAAAGAUACUCGAAGUCAUAAAUCGAAUAGAAUGUUAAUUACUACUAAAAAGAAAUGGAUAUCAAGUGAAUACAAUAAUGAAGAUAUGAAGAAAAAACAAUCAAGUGAAGAGAUCACCUCAGAUAUAGACGUUAAAGUAAAAAAUCAACUCCAUAAUAAUAAUAAUAAUAAUAAUAAUAAUAAUCAAUUAAAAUCUUAUACUAUUCAUAAAUCAGAUUUAAAAAAUUUAGAAACUUUUAUGAAUGAUUUAAAUGAUAGUUGUGAUCAAAUUGUUCACUCAGAAAUUAAAAAUGGCGCAAAAUCUAAAAAAGCUUCAUUUAAACAAAUCAACAAUAAUAUUGAACAUGAAAUUAUAAUUCGUAAUAAUAAUAUAAAUAAUACGAAUCAUAAUGAAAAGAAUAUAGUGAAUAAUAAUAAACAAGAUACAAAAAAUAGUUUAUUAGAAGAAAAAAAUUCUCAAUUGUUACCAAAUUUAUCAAAAGUGGUUGAUUUUUUACUACCCAAUGAAAAUUUUCAGUCAAAUAAAUCUAAUGAACAAUCAAGUGAUCAUUGUAAAAAAUCUCGACGUAUAACAAGAGAUGUGAAAACCUUGUCAGCAUCGUGGAAACCAACAGUGUUCUAUGAUAAAGAUGCAGACAAACAAACGGUCAACAGAAAACAAGUCAGAGAUUCAAUGCAAGAAAAGGGAUAUGGUAAACUUUCAUCCUACAAAAUCUAUGAGAAAUUGGGUGAAGGAACAUAUGCAACUGUAUACAAAGGUUAUAGUUUAGUAUCUAAACAACCAGUUGCUUUGAAAAGGAUACGUAUGCGAAAAUCAGAAGGUGCACCAUGUACAGCUAUACGUGAGAUUAGCUUAUUACGAGGAUUGAAUCAUGCAAAUAUUGUAAAAUUACAUGAUGUUAUCUAUGAAAUGGAUUCAUUAACAUUGGUUUUCGAAUUUGGAGGUAAAGAUCUUAAAAAUUAUAUGCGAAUGUAUAAUAAUUAUUUACCAAUGAAUUUGGUUCGAUUAUUCACAUUUCAAAUAUUUCGAGGAUUAGAAUAUUGUCAUGCAAAACAAAUUUUACAUCGUGAUCUUAAACCACAGAAUUUAUUGAUUAAUAAAAAUGGAGAUUUAAAAUUAGCAGAUUUUGGGUUAGCACGUUCACAGUCUGUACCAAUUCGAACAUAUUCCAGUGAAGUUGUAACCCUUUGGUAUCGACCACCUGAUGUACUUCUUGGUGAUAAAAAUUACUCUGGUCAUAUUGAUAUCUGGGGAGUUGGUUGCAUAUUGUAUGAAAUGACAACAGGUUAUAGUCUGUUUCCUGGUACUUCAAAAGAGGAUCAAGUGAAAAUUAUCUUUCAAAAGUUCGGCAUUCCACCAGAAUCUUAUUGGCCAGGUUUAAGAAAUAACCCAAAAUUUUUAGAAUAUUACAAUUUACAUCAAAAUGAUAAAAAGAAUAUACUAAAAAGAUCUAGUUUCUCUAAAUCAUCUAAUAAUCUUUUUAUAUCCAAUGAUAAGUCAUCAUUGAAAGUUAUUGAAAUAGAAGAUAAUCAAUCAAUUGAUAUUGAUACAUAUAAUAAACGUAUAAUGUCAAAACUUUCAUGGAAUACACCAAGAUUAAAUCAAGAUGGACGUGAUUUAUUAUUUGAAUGCCUUGCACUUAUUGGACAUCGUAGAAUUACAGCAUUUAAUGCAUUGAAUCAUAUAUACUUUAAAAAUUUAUUAUCUUUUAAUAUGAAUGUGAAUAAUUUACCACCGGAACAAUCAAUUGUAUCCUUCACUAUUGAACAUUGUACAUUGAACAACUUUAAAUCAUUACACUAUCAAUCACAAUUGAAUGGUGAUAAAAAUGAAAAUUAUAAAAGUUUAGUAAAUAUAUCUACAUUAAAUUCGAAUGAUUCUCAUCAAAGUAAUGAAAUAUCUAAAAAAAGUAAACAUAAAAUAUCAAAAUUUAUAAAAUUAAAAGAAUCACAAAAAUUAUAUCAUCAUUAUUUACAUAAUUCACCUAGAAUUGAUACUACUUCUGAUACUGACAUAUCAACAAGUUUAUACAAUGAUUGUAAUUUAUCCUAUCAUCAAAAUACUAAUCAAUAUAAAUCAGUAAUAACUACUAUGUCAUUAUCAUCAUUACCGAAAGCAAUAGAAUCAGAGAAAAAAAUAAAACUACCAAUUCGAAAGUAUCAAACAUUUUCUUCAACAUUUGGAAAUAAAUUUUUAUAUUAUCAGGGUAAUAAUAAUGAUAGUUUUAGUGAUAGCAAUUACACUACUAACAACUUUAUAAGUAGCAAUAAUCAUAAAAGAAAAAAACUGACAACAGUUUUUAAACAAAAAAUAUCUUUAUUACAAUUAAAAAAGAAAGAAUCAUGUAAUCGACUAAAUUCUUCAUUGAAUGAUUCAUUGAACAAUUUCAAUACAUCAAGUAUUUCAUUGAAAUCACAAAACUAUACACAAAAUGAGAAUACUAAUAAUCUAUAUAAUCAUAUAAAUUACAAAGGCUAUAAAAGUCAUACUAAAAGUGAUGAAGAAAUUAUUCAAUCUAGUGAAAAAGAGAAAAUUAUCAAUCAACCUAUGGAUGAUAAUGUGAUUCAGAAAUGUUUAUCAAGUGAAUGUUUAUCUGGAAAACAGAAUAAAACUCCAUUGAAAGAUUUGAUCAAUUCAACACAUAUUAAUCAAACUAUUGUGAAUCCAUCAAAACCCUUUCAUAUAAUCUAUAGAUCAGUAUGUAAACAAUAUGAUAAAAUUAAUUCAGAGUAUAUACAUUCUGGAACCAAUUUUAGAAGUCAAUGUAAUUUACUUCAAAUAAACAAUCAACCCUCAGAGUUAAUUAAACAAAUUCCAAUGAAUGAUUUAACUUGUAAGGGUGUAGUACAUCAAUCAAAUAUUUCCUGUAAAAGUUGGAAUAGUUCUGGUUCAUCGAAUUUAAAUACUCCAUUUGACGAACAGUAUGCUUCCAAAUAG